UUGCACAGCGCAGCAACCCACCAGCCACCACCGUACCAUAGCUACACCUACACGAGCGAGCAACCCAGCUCGUCGAGAGCGAGCCCUCGUCCAUCAUGCAGGCGGUGACCGGCGCCAUGGGCAGCCUCAUCCCCAAGCUCUGGGGUCUGGCCCAUGCCGAGUACAAGCUGCAGACAGGCAUGAAGGAACAAAUCGAGUCUCUCGCGCUGGAUCUUGAGAGCGCGUACGCCGCACUCCGCAAGGUGGCCUCUGUGCCGCCGGACCAGCUCGACGAGCAGGUCAAGCUCUGGGCACGCGAAAUCCGGGAGGGGUCCUACGACAUGGAGGACGUCCUCGACACCUUCCUUGUCCGAGUCGAGGGCAGCAAUGAUCCUUCCGGCAAGGACAGCAAGCUCAAGCAUCUCAGCAAGAAAAUGGCCAACUUGUUCAAGAAGAGCAAGGCACGCCAUGACAUCGCCGGUGAAAUCGACAAGAUCAAGAAGCGUCUCCCGGAGGUGAAAGACAGGCAUGCCACAUUCAGCGUCAACGACAUUGUCUUCAACCGCGUCGCAUCGUCGUCGACAACUGAUCCUCGCCUGGAAGCCAUGUAUAGGGAAGUGAAAGAGCUCAUUGGCAUCGACAAGUCGAAGGCCGAUGUCAUUUCCAAGCUGGGGGAUGAUGGCUCCAACAAGGAGAUGAGGAAGAUAGUAUCUAUCGUUGGAGCUGGUAGGUUGGGCAAGACAACUCUUUCUCGAGCGGUGUGUGAUAAGCUCAAACCCCAAUUCAGUUGUAAAGGCAUUUGUGCCACUUGGCCAAAACCCUGACCCAAAGAAAAUCCUCAAGGAAAUUCUUAUAGAUCUCGGAUACAAUGAUUUUUCGAAACUUGCAAUAUUGGUGCACGAAAGGCAGCUUAUCAAUGAACUCCGUAGUUUCCUCGGAACAAAAAGGUACUUCAUUGUUAUUGAUGAUAUAUGGGAGGUAGAAACUUGGAGAAAUAUCAAAUCGGCAUUCAUUGAGAAUAAUAAUGGAAGUAGAAUAAUCCUAGCUACUCGCAAAUUAGAAGUCACCACUGGUGAAGUUUACAAGCUUCCACCACUCUCUAAUGAGAACUCAAGAAAGUUGUUUUAUACAAGGCUAUUUGGUGAAGACAAGUUUCCGGAUAAUCAAUCAAGUGAGGUACACAAGGCAUCUGAAGAAAUUCUAAGGAAAUGUGGCGGUGUACCAUUAGCUAUCAUCACAAUGGCUAGUUUUUUGGUGGGCAAAUCAUGGGAACAAUGGCUUGAGUUGCGCCAUUCUCCUGGUUUUAUCCAUGAUAAAGAUACUAUGUGGAUAUUGUCUCUUAGCUUCAAUGAUCUUCCUCCUCAUCUAAGGACUUGCUUGUUGUAUCUAAGUGGAUUUCCAGAAGAUUCUUUUAUUGCCAAGGAUCAAUUGAUAUGGAAGUGGAUAGCGGAAGGUUUUGUUGAAAAGGAACAAGGGAUGCGGUUGUUUGAGGUCGGAGAGGGAUACUUUAACGACCUUGUAAAUAGAAGCAUGAUCCAGGCAGCUAAGAUAAAAGAGUGGGGUACUAUUGCUGAUAUCACCCAUGGUUGUCGUGUGCACCGUCACGUGUCUCAGGAAGAAAACUUCUUUUUCACUAUAUCAGAUUCAGAUGAGGUUGUAGCUGCCAUGUCAUCAAGAAGCAAGGUACGCAGGUUGGCCGUUCAAAGCAGAACCGAAGAGUACAUAGUUACUCCCAGGGAUAAUAUCCCACAAGUGAGAUCAUUUCUUGCAUUUAUGUGUGAUAUUGGAAAGCUGGUCUCAUUUCAGGGCUUCAAACUCUUACGUGUGCUAGCUUUAGAGGCCUGUGAAAUAUCAGAUCAGUGUACCGUCAAUUUGGAGCAUAUCGGGAAAUUAAUUCAUUUGAGGUACCUUGGGAUAAGUAACAUUAAUGUUGACAACAAGGUGGUGUUGCCAGAAGCAAUAGGAGAUCUCAAGUUUCUACAGACACUGAACCUGACGUAUAUGGGCGGUUGUACCAAACUAGAAUUUCCGUCGAGCAUCAGCCGGCUAACACAGUUGGUAUGACUACGUACUAAUGAUGAGCUGCCGAAUGGGGUACUAGGGAAGCUAACGUGCCUAGAAGAGCUAGAGGUGGUACAACCUUGGGUGUCUAACAAGGAAUCCAAUAGGCAGUUUGGAAAGGACCUGGGCAACCUGACCCAACUCAGGGUGCUCAGGAACAGGAUUGGGCUUGUCCAUAAUCAUGAGAGCCAUGAAUUUGAUUCGUUGCAGUCCAUAAAAAAACUCCAGAGGAUCCAACAUCUGUCACUACGCACUUGUACUGGUGAACUUUUACGAUCGAGUGCAUGGUGCGCACAAUUAGUUCUCUCUCGUGGUUUAAGUCAUUUGGAGUUCUCAGAGAUCCACUUGAAUAUCCUGCCGCCAUGCAUCGAUCCCUCUCGUCUUGUCAACCUCUCCCACUUGAAGCUUACCGUGCUCAAUAUGGAUGGGCAGGGUCUGGAAUCACUCAGCAGGUUGCCACAGCUCCGGCACCUCUGGCUGGAAACAAGGUCGACGGUAACGUUACCUAACGUUGCUGGCAAUGGCCGCUUCCAGAUGUUGAGCCGCUGCUCUUUCCCAAAGUCAACGGUUCGGUUCAUGCUGAAUGGGGACUCAAGUGUCUCAUUUACUAUCUGGAAUGGAAGCGAUGAUAUGGACUUUGUUUCAAGCAGAAAGGAGGAAAGAGUAGCACUGGCUGUUAUGCCAAACCUUCAAGAGCUCAAGUGUGUCCUGUUUACCGUAGGUGCUUCAGUAUAUGAUGGUGGUUUCUAUGACCUUCUCGGCUUAGAGUACCUCAUUUCGCUUCAGAAAAUUACAGCAAACUUCUGUUGUUAUGACACUGCUAAAGAGGUGGCGGAGGAAGAGAAGGCUGCACUGAGGCGGGUGGUUGAAGCCCAUCCCAACUACCCCAACCUCAAAAUAAAGUACUCCAUACAGCGCCAGGGCACGCUAUUGAAGCCCUGCAUCUGAAGCAGCACUCCCCAAAUCAAAUGAAGAGGUGAUGAUCGGGCAAUUGACAAGCAUUACUCUCGUUACGGAACGAAGACACGAUAACAUCACCGAAUCAACAACAGCAGAGAAGACCAGAGGAGAAGACGAUCAACCCCAUUACUACAUACCUAGCUUUUUCUCUUGAACCAUUAUAUUUCGGUUCAAUUCAAUGCAUGCACGUAUGUACGUGCCUUUUUACUAUUCCUGUCAUAUUAGUUCUUCUACACCAGCAUCUCGUUAAAUUCUGCUUCCCCAUUCUCUUCUCUUGAUCUUUAGGUGUAUGCACAGACUCGCUACCUUUGCUUCACAAUUGUCUUUAUAUACUGUUUCCUGAAUC